AUGCACAAUUCUCGCUUUACAGCUCCCCCGGUCAUUCAUCCAUCCCAUUUAGGGACACCCUUUGCGAAUAUGACUCGAACAAAGCGAUACGGCAAUCGCGAGAAGGCUGGCCCUUCUGCGCUUACGCCUCUGGCGAGAAACACUGUUGGAGGAUUACAGGGCUCUAGGUUUGCCUUGAGGGAUGGAAUAGAGGUUGGUGGCUGUGUCCCGUUAAAAGCCACUGGUGGUAUGGAAACUUCUAUGCAUACCCCGAAAGCACUUCUGGAUGGACCUCAGAUCUAUACUAUAUCUACCGCAAACGUCAAACGAGAAACACCCCUUGUCGUCGUCAAGGCCGGCUUCGAAGAGUGGAAGAAAGCUAAUAGUGUCGCAAAAAAAGGACCAGUGAAGACACUAUCUCAGCCCUUAGUCAAUAAAUCUAUCUUCCCCGAUAUUCCCCGCGAUCUAGUGCUUAAAUUCCAGGAACUUGAGUGCGGGGAUCAACUGGCUACCCAUCGACUACAACAAGCUGACAACGGUAACAAGAACUCGACGGCGAGUGUUACUGUUACAUCGCAGCAGACCGCCGCUCUCAAUUCAAGGAUAAGCAUCUUGGAACAUCUGGAAUCUAGACCCCCUAUAAAUAAGGCCAAUGCCGUGCCCCCAGCUCCUCAAAAUAUCUUAGUAAACCCAUCCCGUAAGAGUCGCUUACUCAGCACUGCUUCCCCAUCGUUCUCCCUAACAACCCUCUCACCGCAAGCCUCGCCAGCGGCAGAAAUAUUCUCACCUGCUCCUCCCUCCCUCCUCUCCUCACCCCCCAAUACCACCACUACAUCUCCCACCUCCUCCAAACCCCCAGCAUCCACAAAACCCUUCCUCCACGCCUCCGGUUACCAAUACUGGUUCCCGCAAGGCCCCUACGACCCCGCGUGGCGCCACGCUCCCAUUGUAGCACCUGGCCGUCCAGGCGUGUUAUACGACUCCAAAUGCAAGUACACGAACUCCCCUUCAUGGGCUGAUAUCUUUGAUCCAGAGCGCUUGGAAGCAGAUAUAGCCAAGGCCACGUAA